UGGAAUCCGUGCCUGGAGAACACCACCUUGUCCUGUCCUCCUCACCUUGGAGAUUAUCCGCCUAGGAAAUCUCCUCACUUUGAAGAUUUGCCCGCCGCACAAUUUCCAACUACAGAUUGCCUCGCUGCGCUGAAAAUUCCUUUCCUGGAAGACUUUCAUCGCCCAGUCCCCAUUGUAUCUAGUAGAUAUCGUCGUUGACAGUCAAAAUUCUCCAUAGCAUUGUUACUGUGUGGCAGAGAGUUUGUUGCGAGCGAGUUCAGAGGAGUCAUUAGCCUUAAAGAAGUUAGCGGGCGUCAGGAGCUGUCACGAUGUUCGGCUUCAUGGCGAAGCCCAAGACGCCGGCGGACAUAGUGCGCGCGCUCGCAGAUGGGCUGCAGGCGUUACCUCGGGACGAUAAGAGCGCAGAGGAAGUGUUGAAGAGCCUGCAGACAGUGCGUGUGCUGCUAAUAGGAGACCUUGACGCACCGCCCAAUAAGGAGGCUGUAGCGGCGGCUGUAGCAGAGUCGGUCAAGUGCGACCUGCUGCCACUGCUGGUGGCACGCCUGCCUGUCUUCGACUGGGAGGCUCGCAAGGAGAUGGUACUAGUGUGGACGUACCUGCUGGCACAUGGGGGGAAGAGAAGGCGCGAGGGGGAGGAUGAGGACGAGGAGGAGGAGGGGGAGAAUGGGGGCCGACCGCCAACGGAGGAAGAGGAGGAGGAGGGACCGGCGUUGGCUCUGGAGUUUGUGGAGAGGCACACGGAUCUGGUGGACAAGCUUGUACGCGGCUACAAGCAGAAGGACAUCGCACAGAACUCCGGCCUCAUGCUACGAGAAUGCCUGCGCUCGCCCAAGCUUGUGAGCCACACAUUACAGUUCUCCAAUCUUGACAUCAUCAUGGGGGGCUGCGACCUACAAGACUUUGACAUCGCAUCAGAUGCGUUCCUCUCUCUCAAGGACCUCUUGAAGCGGCACCCUUCUGUGGCAGCCGAGUUCCUCAUGGAGCACUUUGACGAUUUCUUCAAGCGCUUUGACUUGCUUCUCAACUCCGACAACUAUGUCACACGAAGGCAGGCCAUCAAGCUGCUAGGGGAGCUGCUGCUAGAUCGGGCGAACAUGCAAGUGAUGAUGCGGUACAUUGCAGAGGCGCACAACUUCAAGAUCAUGAUGACCCUCAUCAAGGACCCCAGCAGAGCCAUCCAAUACGAGGCCUUCCACGUAUUUAAGAUCUUUGUUGCGAACCCAAGAAAGCCUGAGAAGAUUGUGAAGCUGUUGGCUCGCAACAAGGACAAGAUGGUCAAAUUCCUCAAAGACUUCGAGAUCGACAAAGAGGAGGAAGACUUUGAGGAGGAAAAGGAGAUGCUUAUAAAUGAAAUACAGAACUCCCAUUACCCUGGGCUUGGAUGAAUGUAACGUGCACCAAGACUUUCACCACGUGGGUGGGUCCUAUCCUGUGGUUGGUUAGAUAUUGGUUGUUCUAGCAGCCAUGGCAAGAAUUACGAGUGAAGGGUUCAUGCAAUUUAUUAUUAUUUAGCGUCUCUAUCUUAAUUCCUCUAUGGUUGCUUCCCUCAUGUGCAGCUGCCCCCCUAUUCCUCCUCGCCCUUGAUGGUCUAAAGAAUGUAGAUUCUAGUAGGUAUAGGUUGGAUUUUCUUCAGUUAUUAUGUUACGCAUCUACUCGAAAGCCCGAA